GUCAAUAGAAUACCUUUCUAUAAUGAACUACAUCGUGCUGCUCUGCAUUUUCACCUACAUUUGCCUUUGGCAAUCAACCGAUGCUGCCCCAUAUUUAAGCAUCCAGUCUAGUGCAAGAUCCAGGGCCGAGAAGAUGGUGGGCGGCGUUAUGAGAACUGUUUAUGAUGUGAACGUCAAGGACGACGUGAAUGAUUUGACUGGGCAGCUGGUUCACAGGCGCCAGGCAGAGUUCAAAUCGGAUCUCAUGGACCCGGAAGAUAUUGACAAGAUGCAGCGUCAAUUAUCUUUCUUUUAGAAAUACAUACAUACGUAUGCUUUUAUUGUCAUUUUUUAUGAUAUGAAUUUUUUUUAAGAUAUUAAAAAAGCAGUGUAUACAUUUUAUCCUGUAAAAACGCAUUAGAUAUGGUAGGUCAAAAAUAUAUCAACUGACCAGUCGAUAAAGAUAUGAAUAUAUAAACCUUAUACAAUUAAUGUGUUACUGGCAACUUAAACUUUACUUUAAAUUUAGAAAGUAAAAUAAAUAUAACACAAUCCAUACAGAA